UUCGAUCGCUCUACGACUCUACACGGUGCUGGUCUUGGGUGCUCAUCUUCACCUCUCUCUCGCCCCCUUGACUGCUCUUCAACCUACUUCACCAUGGCAGAAGAGUUCCCGUACAAGAUAGUUACGCUGCCAGACGAGGAGAACGAACAGAUCAAGAGAGAUUUUAAAGGGUACAUCUCUGGGGCUGUGAAGGUAGAACCGUUGGGGUACUUCUUCCAAGGUAUCUAUCAGGACUAUGCCCAUCGCUACUACACCCUUCCCGUCAGGAGCACCGAUGUCUUUGUGGCCAGUUACCCGAAGUGUGGUACGACUUGGACCCAGGAGAUGGUGUGGUUGUUGGUCCACAACCUUGACUAUGAGGGAGCCAAAUGUAGACUUGAUAAGCGAUUUCCAUUCACUGAAGAAGACUCUGUUAUUGAUUCUCGAAUUUUUAAACUUCCGGGGAUCAUGAAGUUGGACGUUCAACCUCCAGAACCAGGAAAAUCCUUGGAUAUGGUACGGACUCUGCCCGACCCUCGCUGUCUUAAGACUCACAUGCCGUUCUCUCUUCUCACACCGGGGAUCCUUGAUACAUGCAAGAUGAUUUACGUGGCGCGUGACCCCCGUGAUGUCGUCGUCUCGUACUACCACCACCAUCGUAUGUGGGCACCACACUGCUACAACGGAGAUUUUAAGAAGUUCUUCAACUACUUCCUUAGUGAUCAAGGUAAAGUGUGAUGUAGUAUUGUUGUUGUU